CUAGUUUAUAACGAAUUAUCGAUCCUUAAAGCUUUUAUGAAGUGGUGUUAUAAUUAAAACGUGGCGUGUGAUGAAGUCAGUGAAUCCUCCAGCAAGUGAUUGUGAUUCUAGGAUAAUGAGUGUUUCGUUGAUUGAUAAAACAAUUAUACGAUGAAAGGAGAAAAUGUAUUGGGAACAAGUCAGUGAACUUUCCAGUGUUUAAUUAACUCUUGUAGUAAAAAAUAUAGCAGCAAUAAUUAAGAUGUAAGGUCUGAGACUAUUAAUUUCACUGGACGAUAUUGAUUUCGGAAUUAUGUGAAAUCUUCGGUGUGUGGAAUUCAUCGUCCCGGACAUUCCAAUUUCUCCUGGGCCUCUGGAAUGCAUCGUAUGGUUAUUGAUAAAAAAAAAUAUGCUGAAUGAAAUCAGCCGGUGAUGAUGUGCAAGUGAAAUGCUGUUGGCCCAGAGUGCAUUAAUAUCGACGAUAGCGGGUGCCGUCGAGGAGGAUUAUGCCAACAGCGAAGCUCAUAGCGGACAGUAUGACGGCUAUGUGACCGAUCAUACAGAUAUUGCUUCCGAUAUAGACAUAAAUGAGUCCGAAUAUCGUCGUGAACUCCUUAACGACAGAUGGCGAAUGCUGUUCGACAAGUUCGAUCCAGAGGGUUUUGGCGAGAUACCGCGCGACGAUUUCCUUCGGGCAUUAGCAAGCGACGAAUGGAAAUCCGAAGUACCAGCCAACAAGAGGGACAUAUUGUUGACUCGGGUCAAAGAGUCGUACGUCGACGCCAUUACCUUUCAGGAUUUCGUCAAUGUGAUGAGCGGAAAGCGCACCAGGAGCUUCAAGUGCGCUGUGCAUCAUCGUGAUAGAGAGGUAUGCUCGGAGAAUGACUUUCACCUGCUGAUACAUGAGCCACCACUAUUUUACAGGAUGGUCCGCAUGAUCGGCGAUGAAUUCCUCACCGAGGAACGGGACCGAAAAUAUUACGCUGAUCACUACACGUGUUGUCCACCUCCGCUAUUCAUUAUCCUCAUUACCCUAGUCGAG